AUGGCGCUGCUCCUACUCCACCUGCCCACACUAGCCCUCAACGCAGGCGCCACACUCGUCUACCCGCUCUACUCGUCCUACAAAGCCGUCACCUCCAGCACCACCUCUCUCGCCGACAUGGAGGUCUGGCUGGUAUACUGGUCAGUCUUUGCCUGCUGGACGCUGCUCGAAUCGCUCUUCGGGUUCCUCUGGUCCUGGGUUCCCUUCUACUACGAGAUUCGACUGCUGUUCAACAUCUGGCUCGUGGCGCCUCAGACGCGUGGUGCGACGUACAUCUACACAAACCACCUGCAUCCCUUUUUGCAGUCAAAUCAGGAACAGAUCGAUGCGUGGAUCGAGGAUGCAAAGCGGUCCGUGAAGCACAAGGUGGAUGCGAAUCUCGGUGGGUUGUGGAGUGCUUCUCUGGGGUCAACCGGUAGUGCACCGGAGGCAGCUGCACCAGGAGGAGGAGUUCAGGGCAAAUCAGGAGGGGAAGCGAGACAUCGAGCUCCCGGAGUGGGAAACGCACCAGCACCACCAACCCAACACAACCCGGCACAAGCACCCCUCUCGCUCUUCGGAAAUUUGGUCAAGCAGUACGCACCCGUCGCCAUCGCCUCUGCAAAGACGUUCCUGGAAAGCAAAGCACCUCCACCCAACGUCGCUGCCUACUCCAUCCCCCCUUCCUCCUCCUCCGGCGCCAUCCCCGAUCAACGCAAACGCGAGGAAGCGAUGCAGCGAAGACGUCAGUUGGAAUCCCAACUCGCAGCUCUCGACGCCAGCGGUGUACCCUCCAGCACCAGCAGCAGCAGCAACAGCGAAGACGAAGUACAGCAGGUUCCCGUCACCCUCAUCAAUCCGGGCAAAGGUCCGAGAGGAAGCUUCAGCGGUGCAGCAGGUAGUUUGAGGAAUAGGAUCGUGAGUGGUGGCAGAACGGUCAAGGCAGGGAAUGCCAUGGGAGAGAGCUACGAUCUGUUGGAUCAGAACGAUAUUCAGCCGCUGCAGGGAAGUCCCAAGGUGAGGAACUGGAUGCCCUGGAGUCCGCAGGGUCAGUGA